AUGUGUGACCGCUUCUGCAAGGAGUGCAGUAACCUUCUUUAUCCAAAAGAAGACGACAAUACUCUGUUUCUUGCAUGCAAAAACUGUGAGCACAUCCAGGAGGCAAAGUCCCAUCGCCUUUACGUGAAGAACUUCAGACCAAAGCACACGUCAAUAGAGUUGUAUGCCAAGGAUCUUGCACAGGAUCCUACGCUUCCCUCAAUAAGGAUCGAUUGUAAGAAUUGCGGAUUUAACAAAGGGUUGUACUUUCAGUCAAGAGGCGGCGAAGACGACGUCGCAUUGAAUAUUUACUACCUGUGUUGCAGGUGCCACCAUCUAUGGACAUGA